CAGCCUAGGCGGAAGUGACCGCGGGAGCUGUGGACGAGGCUGCUGCUGCUGCUGCUGCUGCUGCAGCUGUGGUGCCUUAUGGAAGUGGAUUGGGGGCUUAAGAGGGGCACCUUAGUAAGUUGUCUUUUCUCUCGUUCCACCCUCCCCCCCUCCUUUUCCUCAUCGGGGCCCGUGGCAAGGCCUGGGGAGAAGAGGAGAAUCGCCUGGGAUUCCCGAGAGCCUGGCCGGGCUGUCAUUGAGGAGAGCGGCAGGGGGAGGGCAGCCUGAAACUGACAGGGGUUUUCAGUAUGAUCCAAGGCUACAGUCCUGUGUUCCAAGCUUUGCUGGGGACCAUCUUCACCUGGGGUCUGACAGCAGCUGGGGCAGCCCUGGUUUUCAUCUUCACGCAUGGACAGAGACAGAUCUUAGAUGGAAGCCUCGGAUUUGCUGCAGGGGUCAUGCUUGCGGCUUCCUAUUGGUCUCUUCUGGCCCCUGCAAUUGAGAUGGCAGAAUCCUCAGGAAAUUUUGGUGCCUUUGCUUUCUUCCCUGUGGCUGUUGGCUUUACCCUCGGAGCAUCUUUUGUCUACCUGGCUGAUAUUCUGAUGCCUUACUUGGGUAUGGCUGAAGACUCCCAAAUGGCCCUAAUGCUGAGCUUCGACUCCAAACCAAUGAAGGAGAAAGCCAACACUGAAUUCCCUCUGCCUUUCCACGAGAAUGAGCUUUCUAUCCCGAUAGGUAGAACUGGACUUCAUUCAGAAAAGAAUGAGAAUGGAGAAGCAUACCCCCGAAAGAAGGUGGCUGCCCUUGGUGCCUCUGAUGGCUCUGCUACAUCCCAGCCUCCCAGGGAGAGCAGAGUGAAGAAGGGCAGCAAUAGCUGGAGACGGAUCCUGCUGCUCAUUCUGGCCAUAACAGUCCAUAACAUUCCAGAGGGUCUUGCUGUUGGAGUUGGAUUCGGGGCAAUUGGAAAGACUACAUCUGCCACCUUUGAAAGUGCCAGGAAUCUUGCUAUUGGAAUUGGGAUCCAGAAUUUCCCUGAGGGCCUGGCUGUCAGCCUCCCACUUCGUGGUGCUGGAUACUCAACCUGGAGAGCCUUCUGGUUCGGCCAAUUGAGUGGCAUGGUGGAGCCAGUGUUUGGGCUCCUUGGUGCUUUUUCUGUGGUCCUGGCUGAGCCCAUCCUUCCCUAUGCUUUGGCCUUUGCAGCUGGCGCCAUGGUCUAUGUAGUCAUUGAUGACAUCAUUCCCGAAGCCCAGACCAGUGGUAAUGGGAAACUAGCAUCCUGGACCUCCAUCCUGGGAUUUGUGGUGAUGAUGUCACUGGAUGUUGGCUUGGGCUAAUACCAAGGCACCUUCGGUCUUACACAUGACAGAACAAGGAAGAGGUGGCAGUUGACUUCAAUGGAACCAGGAACAUAAUUCUCCCCAAAUGGAUUUUUAUUUUUACUUUUUUGUUCAGGUUUUAAAUCUUGUUCUCCUUCCUCUCUCUGAUUCAUUUUAGCAUUCAGUCAUUAAUCUGAUCACCUCUUAAUUAUAAUGUGAUUCUUGUUACUUUUAUUUUGAGGGGAAUUUUGAUAUUGUUUGGAAAUGUAAGGCGGCUUGGAACUCUGGAUUUUUGUUCAGCUACUAAGCAAAUUCUUCCUUCCAUGGGGUUGGCAGUGAGUGAUAAGGCUACAGUCACUGGAUUGCUCUUGUGCAAGGUUUCUCUUUGUCUAAGAUUCUGUUUACCUUUGUUGGACGAGAUCUCAUCCCCAGUCAUCUUGGACUUGUACCUCCAGCAUGGGUGAACCUCACAAUGGUAACCCUCUGAAGUGGGAUACCCUGGGAACCAAGAGGAAAGCUCCUGAGAACUUUCCCACUAAGGACUCAGAAGAGGGGGACCAGGUUACCUUUUGUCUCUCCCUUCCUAAAUCUUCAUUGUCUUUGAUCCUGGAGUCUUGAAGAGCUUGUAUGCCAUUCUCCAGUGUUGAAUUCAACCAGGAGCAGAACUGGAAUCUCAUUUAGACCUUGGCCUACUUCCCAAGGACAAAAGAAGACAUUUUCUGACUUGGUACACACCCUUUCCCACCUCUCCUAAGGGAACUGGGAAUAAGGGAAAGGGACAAAGCCAAGGGAAAAGAGACUGGAUAUUCCAUCUUUUCAAAAGCAAUAGGAGCUAUUACAGUUAAGGGAAACAGAUCAAACUUUGAUCAUUCUGGUUCUCCAGUGGAAAGGAAAAUAGGUUGCCUAGUUCUAGACUUCUGCAGUACCUGUUAUUUUAAUCAGAGGGAGUGGUGGUCUCAAUAGCAUAUUUACCCAUGCUAUUUGCACAUUCCCUGAGCCCCCACCCCACCCAACCCCCAAUUUUUGAACCUUUUGUAGACUAUUUCCAUAAUAAGGCCAAGGAGAUAUAAUGCAAAUUCUUUAUUUGACCAGUUUAAGGGGGCCACUGGAGCCAACUAUGGCAGACCUUUUGCAAUUCUAUCCUGUACCCCCUCCCCAAAUUGUGCCAUGCACAUCCAUUAGAUCAGCCCUAGUAGGUGAUUUUGUAACUUGAUCCUGAAGCCACUACACUGAAUAAACCAACUUUGAUGAGGGCUAUUGCAGAAAAGAUGAGUUGGGGGGGGGGGGGGGUUGUUUUGUUUUUAAGUUUCUAAGAACACAUUAGACAAACUGAGCUCUUAAAAUAUCUCUGACCUGCAGAAUGACUUGUUAUAACAGGUCAGAAACCAGUCUUGUCCCUCACAGGGAAAGGUUUUCAGACAAAGAAUGAUAGAGCUUGUCUGAUUCACCCACAGCCAGAGGGUGGUUAGGGGAAGAAGGUAUGAGAAAUGACCCAGACUACUCUCUCCAGGACCUGUGGUUGUCUUUAGCCAAAGGAAUGGGUUCCAUAGAUGACUUUGGAUAGGCUCAGCUGAGAAUCAGAUCAUCAGUUGGCUUCCCAGGCAUCACAUUGGCAGCUCCUACUUUCUAAGUUUACAUGUGUAACGUUGACAGUUUCUGAAUGUUCUCCCCAUCCCACCACCUCCACCACUAUGGCCAACCUCACACCCCACCUCCACCUCCACCCCCAACCCCAAGAGACUGCCCUGUUCUGUGAAAAUACAAGACUCUGAGGCUGGCCCUCAACUUGGGCACAUUUCCGGGCUCCAAAAUCGAAGGCCCUGUUGGAGAGAGGAGAGGGGUGUUUGGGCAAGAUUGAUUACUUUGGUGGAUGGUGUUUUGUUUUUUACUUUAUAUAGAGUUCUGCAAAAUGCAAAAUGCUGUUUCCAAUGGACAUGACCUUGUAACUGUGAUUAAUUUCAAUAAAGGGGGUAUUAAGAGUUGGUAUAGAUGGCCUAUACCACAUACACA